AUGACACUUCAGGAGGAGCUGCGGAGUCGUCAAUUCUGGCGGGCCACAGUCGCGGAGGUGCUGGGUACGCUGGUGUUUGUGUCGGCAGUGCUUGGCUCCUCUAUGCCAGGGCCAGAGGGCAGUGACGUGGGGCCUCUGUACCCUGCGCUGGCAGCGGGCAUGGUGGCGGUAGGCCUGGGACACUGCUUCGGGGAGAUCAGUGGAGCCCAGGUAAACCCUGCGGUCACUCUGGCUUUCCUGGCCACCAGGCGCCUGGAGGCUCUGAGAGCACUUGUGUACGUAGCGGCCCAAUGCCUGGGAGCCACUCUGGGCACCGGGAUCCUCUACCUGGCCCUGCCGCAGAAGUCCACCGCAGACUCCUUCGCCAACAAGGUGCCCAUGGAGGUGAACGCAGGCCAGGCGCUGGGGAUGGAGAUGCUGGCCACCUUCCAGCUGGUCUUCACCAUCUUCUCCGUGGAGGACCAGCGGCGGCGGGAGGGGGCUGAGCCAGGGAACCUGGCCAUCGGCUUCUCACUGAGCGCAGGGAUCUUUACAGCAGGUCGCCUCUCAGGGGGCAGCAUGAAUCCUGCCAGGACGCUGGGCCCCGCCAUCAUCACUGGAGUCUGGGAGCACCACUGGGUGUACUGGAUUGGGCCGGUGUUAGGCGCCAUCCUGGCUGGCGUGUCCCACGAGUUCUUCUUUGCUCAAAGCGCGUCCAGACAGAAGCUGGUGGCGUGUCUGACAUGCAAGGACAUCGAGAUGGUGGAGACCGCCAGCGUCUCCCGCUCCUCCCUCUCGACUGUCACGCAGACGGCCAUGAGGGCCAAGCAGGCCCACAAGUCUGAGCACAGCUGA